AUGGCUGAUAGGUGUCCCUUGAGAUCUACUGGGGCUGGAUCGAGCAGUCAGGGAGAGAGACCUCCACAGCGGGGUACAAUCUUUGCCACUAAUAGAUCAGAGGCAGAGAAGGCCGGCACAGUAGUGACAGGUACAUUACCAGUAUUAGGGCAUUUUGCCUUGACCUUGUUUGACUCGGGAUCUUCUCAUUCAUUUAUUUCAUCGCUUUUUGUGACGCAUGCAUGCUUAGAGGUGGAACCCUUAGACUAUGUUUUGUCAGUGUCUACACCGUCUGGAGAAAUUAUGUUGUCUAAGGAAAAGAUUAAAGCAUGUGAAAUUGAGAUAGCUGGUCGUGUGCUGGACGUAACCUUGUUGGUAUUAGAUAUGCGUGACUUUGAUGUAAUUUUAGGUAUGGAUUGGCUAGCUACUAAUCAUGCUAGUAUUGAUUGUUCUCGUAAGGAAGUUGUGUUCAGUCCCCCUACUGCAUCUAGCUUUAAAUUCAAGGGGUAG